UUGUAUGCUGUAAAUCGGCCACACAAAGGAAUUACGUCGUGCUAGCUUUUUAAUUUCAUCUUUCUAUUUUGGAGCCGGGCCAUUAUAAUACUCCCAUGUGUUCAGCCAAACCCCAGGAAGUUGUUUGGAUGCACACAAACACACACACGUACACACACACACGUGCGCGUAGACACACUCACUCACUAAUCGGGCAUCACGCGCGCUGCGGACAGAGUCAACUCUGGUCAACAACAUAAAUGAGACAUCCCUCACUUUGCGUUAUUUAGCACGCCUGGAACAGUGCGGACGGAUCGGACGCCUUCAUGGUUUGCUCGGCGCUUGAGGUCAGACUGAACGGUGUGCGGCUCAACAGAUGCCGCACCGAGAAAUAAGCCUUUAAUACCCCUAGGACUCGGGAAAGGGUAACUACACUCAACUCACAAUACAGACUUAAGUGAAACCCCUCACGCCACUCAUCCGCGUCUCCGGCGGUGUCCUGCGCGUCGCGGUUCCUUGGGAAAUAUAUUCCACCUUUACGCACAACACGGCGCUUAAAGAUCGGUGUUUUCGCAGCCUUUAACAGCCUCGGAUAUAUCCACCUGUUCUAGAGGUAAACUCAGGUCUCAUGGCAUACUUGUCGACGUCUUAUUUACCGGAGCCAGGUGAGCGAUAAUUUGAUCCAACCGUGGAAUAACAUUAGAGGACCACUUUAACAGCCAUGCCGCCCAAGAAAAAGGGAGAGCGUCAGGACUCGGAUGCCGUUGAGGAAAGAAACGCUCAGGUGCAGCUGGAGAAGGCCAAGUACAAGCCUGUGGCAUUCGCAGUACGUUGCAACUUCUCUUAUACGCCAGCAGACGACGACAACGUUCCCGUACCAGGCCAGGCAGUCACCUUUGAGGCCAGAGACUUCCUCCACGUCAAAGAGAAGUUUAACAAUGACUGGUGGAUCGGUCGACCAGUGAAGGAGGAUGGUGUGGUGGGCUUCAUCCCCAGUCCAGUCAAUCUGGAAACCAUUCUCAUCAGGAGAGAAGUCCAGGCGAGGAAAGCUGCCAAGGCCUUAGCCAACAAAGCAGCAUCUCAAGCAGCUCAAGAUAUGAACUCAAAGAAAUACACUCCUCCAUCACAAGCCAAUCAGCAGGUGAAAAAGAAACCGGGGGAGCAGGUGGCUAUGUACGAUGUAGUGCCUACAAUGCGUCCUGUGGUCCUAAUGGGACCGUCACUGAAGGGCUUAGAGGUUACAGAUAUGAUGCAAAAAGCGCUAUUUGACUUUUUAAAACAUCGAUUUGAAGGCAGAAUUACUAUAACACGGGUCACAGCAGACAUCUCUCUGGCUAAACGGUCCAUCCUCAACAACCCGGGAAAAAAGGCCUUAAUUGACCGGUCGAACACACGCUCCAAUUUAGAUGCUGCCGCUCAGAUCCAAGGUGAGGUGGAACGUAUCUUCGAGCUCGCGCGCAGCCUGCAGCUGGUGGUUCUAGACGCAGACACUGUCAACCAUCCUCUCCAGGUGUCCAAGACCUCCCUGGCACCCAUUCUAGUCUAUGUCAAGAUCUCCUCACCAAAGGUGUUGACGAGACUGAUUAAAACCAGAGGGAAGUCACAGACCAAACAUCUUAAUGUUCAAAUGGUGGCAGCAGACAAGCUCGCCCAAUGCCCACCAGAAAUGUUUGACGUCAUCUUAGAUGAGAACCAGCUAACUGAUGCCUGUGAACACAUCGCUGACUAUCUGGAGUCUUACUGGAGAGCCACUCAUCCACCAGAGAUGGAGCCUGCCAAUGCGCUGGUGGCCCAGCUGGCUGAGAAUACGCUGCCCACCAGUCCUUCAGCAAUAAAAGAUGGGCAGAAAAACAAGAAGUCAGCUGCCCCCAAGAGGAAGGGUUCCCGGGAGAACCAUCUGGACCAGGAGCCCCCUCCAGCGCCAGCACAGGAACAGACGGCUGAGGAGGGCCAAAAAGAGGAGGAAGAGCGGCUCUUGAGGACUGAACCAAAGAGACCCCAGCACACCCGCCACCAUCACCAUCAUCACCACCACCACCGCCGGAUAGAGCAUCAUUGCCACACCCAGCACAACCAAACAUCCGGUGGCCCGGAAGUACAGUCGAGCAGGGAUUAUAGCCAGAGGCUUCCCCGCAGGCACCUGCCCGAGGAGAGGGAGGAAGAGGUGGAAGAUGUGGUGGAGGAGGACGAGGAGGAGACUCGUUAUUACCACCGAGGCCAUAACCACCACCAUCAUAACAGUAACCACCACCAUCACCACCACCACCACCAACAUCACCGAGGGAGCAGCCAGCCACACGUCGGGGAAGACUAUGAGCAGGAGCACAAUGAACGCAACCGGCAGCACAGGCGUCACCCGCAUAUUCCACCAGGGACACAAAAUAUGGAUCACUAUCCUACACACAAUCAUCACAAUUACCACCACUACCAUGGCAGAGACAGGGACAGAGACAGGGACAGAGACAGAGACAGGGAUAGAGACAGAGAUGGGGACAGAGACAGAGACAGAGAAAGACACAAGGACAGGGAAAGAGACAGAGAUAGGGAUCGGGGCAGAGAUAGAGACAGAGAUGCACGACAAUGGCAUCGGGAUUCCUAUAUACACUAGUGACUCCUUUUCCUCUGUGGACUGGUGCAUGGUUUUAUGCUGCUCAAGUUAUAAUGCACUAAUGGAUGGGUCAGAGUGGUGCAUCAUCUUUGUAGACAGUGUUUCUCCUCAUAUUGUUUGCCAUUUUUAAUUUUUACCCUCCGCCACCUCACACGCACCUAUGUCUCUUCCUCGUCUAUUGUCUCAUGUUUUUUUUUUUUUCAUUUUUACCU